AUGUAUACCGUAACUUGUACACGACCUGAUGUGGCUUAUGCAGUUAGAGUGACUAGUCGAUAUCAAUCGAAUCUUAGUGAGGAACAUUGGAAAGUAGUCAAGUCCAUUCUUAAGUACUUGAGAAGAACUAAAGACCAAUUCCUCAUCUAUGGAGAUAUUGAGUUGAAACUUGAAGGUUAUACCCAUGCAAGUUUUUCUUCAGACCAAGAUGAUAGCAAAUCUAUUACUAGUUAUGUGUACACUUUAAAUGGUGGUGCAAUGAGUUGGAAAUGUUCCAAACAAGCUACUGUAGCUGACUCAGUGACUGAAGCAAAAUAUAUAGCAACAAGUGAGGCUGCUAAGGAGGCAGUUUGGAUGAAAAAGUUCAUUACUAAACUUGGUGUGGUUCCUUCAUUAGAGGGUCCAGUUCCAUUGUUAUGUGACAAUACUGGAGCUAUUGCUCAAGCAAAAGAGCCAAGAUCACAUAAAAAAUCCAAACAUAUUUUGUGA